AGCUCACUUGGGCGUAUUGUGAAAAAGUCGGUUGAUGAGUUCUAAGGUGAUUUGGUUGAUGGAAUGGAGUAUGUGGAAGAGGAAGACACUGACACGAAGCUCGCUAUCCUUGCCUCCAUUCUGACGGAGACUUCGACUUCGCCGGAAGAGUUACUUGAGUUACUACUCCAGGCUGAUGGGAGUGUCGAGAAGGCGGUGGAAAAUCAUUUGGACAAAUACAUCGGUCAGCCAAGCGCUACUGGAAAGCGUAAGCCGCUGGAGAAGCAGAAUAGCAUAAUGGAUCACUUUGGCGGACCGCCUUCUCCCAAGCGGCUGAAAGCCUCGUCCGAGCUGGUCUCGGGGGCUUCGGGCUCAUUUGAUGGUCCGGAUGUUGCGUCCAUGCUAAAGUGGACGGAAAGUGCGGAGAGAAAGAAGCGAGAGUUCGAGAAACCACUGCAUGUUUACCUCCCAGAGCAUCUCGAAUCUCUUGCACCAUGCACCCUCCACCUUAACUUCCUUCCACCAGACCUGGCUAAACGACUUACUCAACGCCUACUUGACGAAAGCAAGACAUGGAAAAGCAAUCAAUUCAGGUUGUUUGACAAAACCGUUAGCUCGCCGCAUACGACAUGUUUCUACGUUGAGGAUGGAAAGGAUUGGGUGAGUGGGGGGUUUUCGUACAACGGAAAGCCCUUACCAGAUGUGCGAAUGUUUCCGCCAGAGUUGAUGGAAGCGAAGCCGUACGUUACUUUGUUGGUCAACAAAAUCCUCAGCGAGCGUGAGAGAAUGCGAUACCAAAUUCCAGCAGGCGAAUGGGAACCCAACGUUGCGUUCACGAACUUAUAUGCAGGCGCACACCAAAGCGUCGGUGCACAUGCCGACCAGUUGACGUAUCUUGGUCCGCAUUGUGUUAUCGCGAGUUUGUCUCUGGGGGUUGAGAGGGAGUUUCGGAUUCGGAAGACGACGCCUGGGGUUAAGAAUGCGGAUAGUGCAGCCCGUGCACUCUCAAUUCAUCUACCGGAUAACAGUUUGUUGAUUAUGCACCCGCCCAUGCAGGAAACUUACAAACACUCCAUUCACCCCGCUCGGACAUUGACGCCCCAUCCAAUCAUCGGGACCUCGAGGAUCAAUAUCACGUAUAGGAUGUAUCGCAAAUCAUAUGUUCCGCCUGAUGGAGGUAAGAAGUGUAGGUGUGGUGUUACGGCUGUGUUGAAGACCGUGAUGAAACAGGAGAAGAAUGCGGGGAGGUGGUGUUGGAUGUGUGAUAAUCGGGAGAAGCCGUGUGGGUUCUUUGAGUGGGCGGAGUUUGAGGAGAGUGGUGAGCUGAAGGCAAGGUAGCUUGGUUGUUUGGGGAAGUUUCAUGAGGUGUAUGCUAGCGAUAAUAGUGUAUUGAUACGUGUAGAAGUAGCGUGAGAAUAAUGAUGUUGUUCACUGAAG